ACACGAAGGCGACAACGUGCAAGCUAGGCGGCGACAUGACGACGACGACGACCUCGCCGGCGGCGCUGGCGGCGCUCCUGGCGGCGGUGAUGGUGGCGACGGCGGCGGCGUGCCCGCCGGCGGCGAAGCAGACGGCGGAGAACAACCCGCGGCUGCAGAGGGCGUACGUGGCGCUGCAGGCGCUGAAGCACCGCAUCACCGACGACCCCAAGAACCUCACCGGCGGGUGGUGCGGCCCCGACGUGUGCGGCUACUUCGGCGUGUACUGCGCGGCGGCGCCGGACGAGCCGUGCGCGGUGACGGUGGCCGGGCUGGACCUGAACCACGGCGACCUCGCCGGCGAGUUCCCCGAGGAGCUCGGGCUGCUCUCCGACCUCGCCGUGCUCCACCUCAACUCGAACCGCUUCUGCGGCACGCUGCCGGAGUCUCUCCCGAAGCUGUCGCUCCUCCACGAGCUCGACGUCAGCAACAACCGCCUCUCCGGCGGCUUCCCGCAGCACAUCCUCUGCCUCCCCAACGUCAAGUACGUCGACAUCCGCUUCAACAACUUCUGCGGCGCCGUGCCGCCGGCCAUCUUCGACAAGAAGAUCGACGCGCUCUUCCUCAACGACAACCACUUCGACUUCGAGCUCCCGGACAACUUCGGCAACUCGCCGGCGUCGGUCAUCGUGCUCGCCAACGUCAACCUCAGGGGCUGCAUCCCCUCCAGCAUCGGCCGGAUGGGCGCCACGCUCAACGAGCUCAUCGUGCUCAACUCCGGCGUGCGCUCCUGCAUCCCGCCGGAGGUCGGCCACCUCGGCGGCCUCACCGUGCUCGACCUCAGCUUCAACCAGCUGCAGGGCGCGCUGCCGGAGUCCAUGGCGUGGAUGCGGUCGCUGGAGCAGCUCGACGUCGCGCACAACGAGCUCGCCGGCCACAUCCCCGACGCCAUCUGCGCGCUGCCGCACCUCAAGAACUUCACCUACUCCUACAACUACUUCUGCGGCGAGCCGGAGCGCUGCCUGGGGCUCCGCCGCGUCGACGACCGCCAGAACUGCAUCGCCGGCCGCCCCGACCAGCGGCCGGCCGACCAGUGCCUCGCCUUCCUCCACCGCCCGCCGGUGCACUGCGACGCCCACGGCUGCUUCGCGCCGCCGGGCCACUACUGAUGACGUCACCAUCUCCGGCGACACCUCAAAUUCGUUUGGUGAAUUAUUCCUAAAAAAACACAAAUAUCAAUCAAUCAACCAAUCAACCAAUCAUCGUAUAUAUAUACACUGUAAUUUUUUUUCUUCUUCUCUUUGGAUUUUUUUUACUUUGCUUUUUCUUUUCUUUUCUUUUUUUACAGAGAGGUUGGUAAUUAAUAAUGGAAUUUGUAGGAAGAAGAGUACAUGAUACAUUACAGUAUAUUUGUGACCUACUGAUCA